AUGAUAAUGACCGGGGCAGGAGCCAACGGGGGUAAUCCACAAUCAUAUCAAAACGUUCCUACAGGCUGCACUAGAGAGCCCACAGAAAGAAAAGCAGCUGAUACAAACAAGAAUACUCAAUCAGAUACAACCGAGCCAUUGAAUGAAAAGAGUACAUUAGUAUCAUUUUCUUCGACAGCUACCGAUCGACCAAGUGACGAUAAAAGUGAUCUGAAUAAAAAAACCGGAGUUAGUUGA